AUGGGAUUGAAUGAUUCAAUGAAAUUUAUUGGUGGAUUCUUUGAUUUUGAUGGGCAGGAGGAGGCAGAGGAGGAUGUUGAUAACAAUAAAAAUGAAGACAUAACUGGAGAGCCUCUUGAGAUCGAUGACAAGGAAGAUGAACAACCAGUGGAGUGGCCUCGAAAGAGUUCGAAGUACAUGACCAAGUGCGAGCGUGCCCGGAUUCUGGGUACCCGUGUUCUCCAAAUCAGUAUGAAUGCUCCUGUUAUGGUGGAACUGGAGGGAGAAACUGAUCCACUUGAGAUUGCUAUGGAAGAGCUUCGAGAGUGGAAGAUACCCUUUACCAUCCGUCGCUACUUACCCGAUGGAAGGUAACUACAUAAUGCAUUUCCCAAGUU